GUAUGGCGUUUGGGCGGGUGUUCGUCAGUGUUGUGAAGCCGCGCGGAUAGAAAAACAAAACAAAACGACAAAGCACAAACACAUUGUUUAAUGCGGAGAUAAAAGGCGGGUUCUCUGGAGCAGCGGGGAGAUGAACUGGGAACAACUGGAGCUCAACCCGAGGAUCAGGGCAGCGGUGAGGAGAGCCAAGAUGAAGUCUGUCAGGGAGGUUUUAUGUGUUUCUGGUCUGGACCUGCAGAGACUCACCGGCCUGUCCCGCUCUGACGUCCAGCAGCUGCUCACCGCUACCGCCUCCUCCUACAGAUCAUACCCUCCAGUCCCAGCCCUCGUCCUCCAUCGUGGGGAGUGUCGCAGGUUGGAGUCCGGCCUCAGACUCAGCGUGGGCUGUCCUUUACUGGAUGAGCUGCUGAGGGGGGGUCUUCCUGUGGGGGGGGUCACUGAGCUCUCUGGCGAGAGCGGAGCGGGAAAGACUCAGCUGGCUCUGCAGCUCUGUCUAUCUGUACAGUACCCCACACUGUACAGAGGGCUGGACUCAGGAGCAGUUUAUAUCUGCACCGAGGACUCGUUUCCCAUCAGACGACUCCAGCAGCUGAUCAGAGGACAGUCCUGUCUGCGCUCUGACAUCCCACCAUCCCUGAUCAGCAGAACCCAGUUCAGUGAUCGGAUCUACAUCGAGCAUGCUGCUGAUCUGGACUCUCUCCAGGUGUGUCUGUCCCAGCGUGUUCCCCUCCUGCUGGCUCGGGGUCUGGUCCGGCUCUUGGUCGUGGACUCAGUGGCGGCUCUGUUCAGGUCUGAGUUCCAGGCUGAUGAUUGGCUGGAGAGGAACAAACAGCUGCUCACCUUCUCCUCCACACUGCACCACCUGAGCCAGGAGUUCAGCACACCUGUCCUCUGUAUCAACCAGGUCACAGAUGUCUUCAACAGAGCUGAUCACAGUUUGGGACCUCUGUCCUCCAAUGUGUCACCUGCUCUGGGGUUGGCCUGGGCCAAUCAGGUGAUGGUCCGGCUGAUGAUCAGGCGUCUCCAGGGGACCAUUGCCCGUGGCGACCAGUGCAGCGCCCUCCGCAGGCUAGAGGUGGUGUUUGCGCCUCACCUGGCCCGAGAUGGACGAGACGCCGCAGUCUGGAGUGAGGGGGUCCGAGGCGUCUCCAGCUCUGACUGAUAAACUGUUUUAAUGGAAAGAGCCAUCCAUUCAAAUAUAUAAAUAAAGAUGUGUAUGAAAACUGUGUGAUAUAAAGAUUAUAAAUAAAUCACACAAGGUCGCAGUUUGCGUUUGAAUCUACACGUGUGUGGACAGUAACUUAAAAUGGCCGUUUCUCCAGUGGAACUUCUGCAUCAUUCUUUUUCGCUUUUCUUCACAAACCAUCAUCAUCAUCAUCAUCAUCAUCAUCAUCAACAUCAUCAUCAUCAUCACAUACCUCUCCAAACCAUUGUGACAGGACAGAGAAGCAGCUACAGCCAACGUCUCACUGCAGGACAGAGGUUCAGGAGAUCCAUCAGGCUGCUGGACACCUAAGCCAAAGACUAGAUUAAUUUAUUAUUAUUAUUAUUUAUUAUCAACUAUUAUUAUUAUUACUAAUGAGCUACUGGACAUGUGAAUUUCCCCUAGGAGAUAAAUAAAGUAUCUAUCUACUCUAUUUUACCAUGAUCUACUCUCUCCUGUUGCUUUUACUGAUAUAUAUCAUAAUAUAUUCACAUAAUAAUAUCAUGACGUCAGGUCGCUGUCAGUGCGCCUGCGCAGUUUGCAGUAAAGACAGUAGAGUACUAUAGAAAUUGGACGUUGCUUUGUUUCCUUCAUAAGAAAAGCGGUAAAGUGUUUGUACAGUUGUAAUAAAACGAAUACAAAAUAAAAAGUUUUUGUGUUUUUAUCAUUUAUAAUAACUCCACAGUUUAACAACAAUAUUUAAUCAGUUUAGGUUUAUCAGAGAAUGCUGUUAAGUUUAGCUCAUCUUUAUCUUUAUGAUUCUCUGUUACAAUUAUUUUCUCUGGUCCUGUUAGAAAAGUGU